AUGUCGUCAUCAGAAGAAAAGCACGGGACAAAGAGACGCGCGUCCCCUGGUCCUUCCCCUGGUCCCCCGCUUGGCCCUCUCGGUGUUCCGCAGGAGGCGCUGUCGCAGUGGGACUCUGUGGACCUCGGCAGCAGCGAGCGGAAGCAGAAGUUCCUGCGUCUCAUGGGAGCGAGUAAAAAAGAACACACCGGGCGUCUGGUGAUCGGAGAACACAAGUCCACAUCUCUCCUGCGCUCAGGUGUGGAGGAUCGAAGAAUGAACCGGGAGCUCGAAGAUCAGUUUCAACAAGGACUCGACGGAAAACUAUCUGGACGAAACAGACGUCACUGCGGCCUGGGAUUCAGUGAGGAUGAAGAGGCACCCACUGAACCCACUACCUCAGAACCAUCUCCUCAGGCCCAGAAUAAGGACUCCAGAGUGGACUCUAGACCAAAGCCUGGACCAAAGCCUGGACCAGAGCCUAGACCAGAGCCUAGACCAGAGCCUGGACAAGAUACCAGACCAGAUACUAGACCUGAGACCAGUCUCCAGACCAGAACAGACACCAAACCAGAGACUCAAAACCAGGCCAAGCCAGAGCAGCGCAAACCCUUCAAGAUGAACUUUGUGAAAUCCACGUGA